AUUCAUUCCAAGUAGUAACAGUUGAUAUUGCUUUAAGGAUUCAUCAUGAAUCCUCUCAUCUUCCUACUUACAACCAUUUUUCUAAUUCAAUUGCGGAAUGAAGUUGAUGCAAGCGUCACAAGACACUACACUUUUAAUAUUACAUUAAAAAACGUGACGAGAUUGUGUCACACCAAGACCAUAGUGACAGUCAAUGGGAAGUUCCCGGGACCUCGUAUUGUGGCACGGGAAGGCGACCGUUUGCUUGUGAAAGUCAUCAACAACGUUUCCAACAAUAUCACUAUCCAUUGGCAUGGCAUUAGACAACUUCGGACUGGAUGGUCGGAUGGACCGUCGUAUAUAACACAAUGCCCGAUACAAACCGGGCAAAGUUUUGUAUACAAUUUUACUAUAGUUGGGCAAAGAGGAACAUUGUGGUGGCAUGCCCAUGUUUCGUGGUUAAGAGCUACCCUUUAUGGUCCUAUUGUUAUCCUUCCCAAGCUUGGUGUCUCUUAUCCAUUUGCCAAACCCUACAAGGAGGUUCCCAUUAUAUUUGGCGAGUGGUUCAACGCGGAUAUCGAGGCAAUAAUCAACCAAGCUAUGCAAACAGGAGGUGGCCCAAAUGUCUCAGAAGCCUACACAAUCAAUGGGCUUCCAGGCCCAUUGUACAAUUGCUCCAAAAAAGAUACAUAUAAACUAAGAGUGAAGCCCGGGAAGACCUAUCUUCUCCGAAUUAUCAAUGCCGCACUCAAUGACGAACUUUUCUUCGCAAUCGCAAACCACACAUUCACAAUAGUAGAUGUUGACGCUGUUUAUGUCAAACCAUUUAAAUCAGAUACAAUUUUAAUCAGUCCAGGCCAAACCACAAAUGUUCUUCUUAAAACCAAGUCCAAUUACCCGAACGCUAAAUUUUACAUGAUGGCCCAACCCUACGUAACCGGGCUAGGAACUUUCGAUAAUUCGACAGUUGCCGGAGUUAUCGAAUACGAAUCGCCCUCAAAGAAUUUCCCAAAAGGUCUUCCCUUAUUUAAACCAACAUUACCUAAUCUAAAUGACACUUCAUUUGCCACCAACUUUUCAAAUAAACAACUUAGUCUAGCCAACAAUCAAUUCCCAGCAAAUGUCCCUCAGAAAAUAGACAAACAUCUCUUUUUCACAGUGGGCCUUGGAACAAACCCGUGUGAUAAGAAUCAGACUUGUCAAGGGCCCAUUAAUGGAACCAAAUUCUCUGCUUCUAUUAAUAAUAUUUCAUUUAUUCAGCCCACUACAGCUCUUCUUCAAGCCCAUUUCUUUGGAAAAUCUGCUGGGGUCUAUACUUCUGAUUUUCCAUAUAGUCCUCAAAAUUGGUUUAAUUACUCUGGAAACCCUCCUAAUAAUACAAAUGUUGGAAAUGGUACCAAACUUUUGGUGCUCAAUUUUAACACUAGUGUGGAGCUUGUCAUUCAAGAUACAAGUAUUAUUGGUGUUGAAAGUCACCCUCUUCAUCUCCAUGGCUUCAAUUUCUUUGUUGUUGGUAGAGGUUUCGGAAAUUAUAACCCGAGCAAUGAUUCGAAAAACUUCAACCUCGUUGACCCUGUUGAGCGAAAUACAAUUGGAGUGCCAACUGGUGGUUGGGUUGCUAUUCGAUUCUUAGCCGAUAAUCCAGGAGUAUGGUUUAUGCAUUGUCAUUUAGAAGUCCACACUAGUUGGGGUUUGAAGAUGGCUUGGCUAGUCUUGGAUGGGGAUCUCCCUAAUCAAAAGUUAAUUCCUCCUCCGGCUGAUCUGCCCAAAUGUUGAUGCUAAUGCGAGUAGGCUUCUUGAGUGACUUCUUUAUCUAUUUUCGAGUAUUUUCUUAUAUAUUAUCAUUUUCUAAUGUAUUUUUACUCAAUUUUUAUUUUCUUGUUGAGGUUAGACUAUAUGUCUUUUAGUUAUUUUGCAAUUAUUGUUUAUCCUAGAGGAAAUAACAUGAGCAAUUGUUUUUCCUUCUUUCCUCAUAUAUAUUCUAUUCCUUUUCACAUUGAUCAA